GGUGUGAUCUCCUUUCGGUUUCAGAUGUCAGAGUCACAGCACCAACAACAGUCACUCAAGGACAAACACACAUCACGACAAGAGACAACAACACAACAUAACGAGAGACCAAAGACAGCAUAGCAAGGCAGCAACACAUGACAACACAGCGUUCAACAUGAAUUAUUGAACUAGUUUGGUGCGGUCAACAACAAGGUCAGUUGGACAGCCAUGGACAUCAUAGAUCCCAUCUUGGGCAUAGCGGAGACGCUUUACUCUCUAUGUGGUGAAGUGAAAGCCAAUAAGAAGCGCUGUCAGCGUUUGGCCCAGCGCAUAAAAGCCUUGGAUGAGCUGGUGAGAGCAGUCAAGGUGAAGGGACUGGGGCAAAAGCCUUCCCUUGUGAAGAAUGUCCUACGCGAGCUCAAACUCACCCUGGAAAAUGCCCAGGACGUGGUUAAGAAAUACUCCUGCGCCAGCUACCUGAAGCGCAUCCUGAAGGCCUACGACCAGGGAGAUGAUUUUGGGAGUUUAAAUGAGCGUCUGAAUGAUGCGGCUCAGGGGCUGACGCUAGCCCUGCAGUUGGAUCAGAGUGACGAUCAACUUCAGGAAUCUCGAGAGACGACACGAUGGAGAGAGGAUGAGGCUGACAGGGAGAGUGAUCGUCUGGAGCUGCAGAAAUUGCUACUCUCUCUGGCGGAGGACACGAAGGAAAGUGUGGACACAGUGCAUGAGAAAGUGGACUCCACCGAAAAAGACGUGAAAGACAUCAAAGCCAUGUUGGAAACCUUAAUGAAGCCCAGUAUUUUUCAUGAAGACAUCAGAGAGAUCAAGCCAGAGGAGCUGAUCUACGACCUGCCCAAAGUGCCCUUCAUCAAAAAUGACAAUUCGGAGAUAUUCAAAGGAGAGUACAACAAAUUCACAGUGGCCAUCAAAAGAUACGCCUACUCAAGGGGCACAAGCCUGAGUCAGGUGAGAAGCGUCUUUAAAAAGGAAGUGGAGACUAUGAAACGCUUUGAGUCACCAAACAUCCUGCGAAUGUUUGGGAUCUGUGUCCAGGAAGAGAACGGACCCAAUCCAAACUACCUCAUUGUCAUGGAGUUUUGUGAGAAGGGCAGUCUGAGAGAGGUGCUGGAUUCCCAAAGGAAGCUGCCCUGGGACAGAAAGGCUCGAUUGAGUCUAGAUGCAGCACGGGGCCUCUACAGAUUGCACCAGUCGGAGGAGAAGUUUAAAGUGCAUGGAUGCAUCAACAGCAGCAGGUUCCUGGUAGAUGCCGGGUACAGAGUGAAGCUGGGAGGUUUUGAGCUGGCCAAAACCGAGACGUCAUUGAAGAGGACAAAGGAUAGCAGUAGAAGCUCUUUUUACUACAGCUCCCCUCAGCAGCUUGAGAGUAUUAAUCAUAAGUACAACAAGGAAUGUGAGAUGUACAGUUUUGGCAUUGUCCUUUGGGAGAUUGCAACCCGCAAGAUUCCCUUCAAAGACUGCUCACACAAAGAGGUGUAUCAGAUGGUGUGUAAAGACAAAUAUACUGAACCUCUUCCGGAAGACUGCCCUAAACGGUUGGGGGAACUGAUCAACGACUGUCGCUCCUAUGACAGCUUCCAAAGGCCAACGGCAGGAGUGUUAGUGGACAAGCUCCGCAAAGUGGUUGAGCAGCUAGAGGAGGACUAACAAACAGAGGUUUCCGAAAAGAGGAAAACCAAGAGCGGUUAUCAACCCCAGAUCAAAGGAAGACCAAUUUACUGUCUCUCAUUCUUAAUGGGAUUAACUUAUUCUGGAUUGGUGUCCCAUCCAUGGGACAGUUGAGCUAACGAAGGCUAAUGCGAUUAGCAUGAGGUUGUAAGUAACAAGAACCUUUCCCAGGACACAGACAUGUCUGAUAUUGUCAGAAAGCAUACAUUCUUGUUAAUCUAACUGCACUGUCUAAUUUACAGUAGCUAUUACAGUGAAAGAAUGCCAUGCUAUUGUUUGAGGCGAGUGCACAAUUUUGAACAUAAAAUUAUUAAUAAACAAAUUAGGGACAUUUGGGCAGUCCAGACAUGCAAUGGUUCAUUGGCUCAGUCUGAAACUUUCUACAUACACUGCUACAUACAAAAGUGCAUACAAAAUCUAAAUUGCACGUGAUGGCCUUUAGCUUGCAUUUCAAAGAUGAUGGUACAAAAAAAUACAAAACUUUUUCUUUGUAUUAUCUUUUAUCAGAUCUAAUGUAUUAUUCUCCUACAUUCCUUUCACAUUUCCAAACUUCAAAGUGUUUCCUUUCUGCCGUGUCUUUGGCUAUGCCGGAUUAAGUGAUAUGACAUGCUAUUCUAUAAAAUAAUUUCUCCGUAAUUAAUAUCACCUGAUUGAGCUAAUCAUGUAAAUGUAAUUAACUAGAGUCGGGCACCACAAAAUAAUAUUUAUAGAGCUGUUAUCUUCCGAAUAAACUCUUGAAGACCUAGUAAUAUUUUACAUCAAUAGCAGUCAAUAUUAAUCCUCCUCUUAAUUCAGUCUCAUCUGAAAGUUGUAAAUUAUUUUAUCUGCACGAACCCUGGCUAACAAGUUUGAUCAGCAAUACAAAAUUGGGUUUAAUUAUUUAUUUACUAAAUACCUAACUAAUCACACAGGAUUACACAUACACAUAAUUAAUCAUAAAGGAAAACAUCCCUAGCGGGCGGAACAGAUAUGACAGCUUGUUACACAAAGGAAAAGGAGCUGGGUUGAGUGAAAGAGCGGGAAGACUGAGGAACAAAGGGAAGAAGCUGGGCUAUCGUAAAUACAGUAUCUUAUGCAUCCUAAAUUACCACCCAUUUGGAAAAGGAAAAUGCGAAGCUGCGCUUCAGUAGGUUGGUGGUAGAUGGAAGGCCAUGUUGCCAAACCAAGUCCUUUGUCCUUUGAAGAAUGUCUCUGGUGGUCAAUUGGAUACGUUGUAGUUACGUUGUUGUGUGAUAGACGGGAUACUCUGUCUGUUCCUUCCUAACCCUCGUUUGCAGCGGCUAUUGCUAACUCAACGGCUAGGAGGUAUCACUUCUGUAGUGAAUAAGAGUUCAAAGUUCAUAGUAUUUGCAACCAAAGCUCACGCUGAUGUUGGCUUCGUUCUGCAGUUAUUAUCUGAACCAUUCUGACAUAGGACCGUCGUCCUCACGUCCUCAGAACAGGAAGUUGUCGUCAAGGGCUUAUAUAGGAAGGGAGAAAAGGGGUGUGUUUCAUAGUUUACAACCUCUGUCUCUUCACGUGGGCGGGCCACUAAGUGAGCAGCCCUAUGUUAUGAAAACCCACAUCUCACAUUUUAGAAGCUAAAAUUACAUUUCAUCCCAUCACAAAUAACAAUUCCAUGUGAAUCCGGUAACUCUCCCCACCUACUGAUGUUCCCAGAAUCUCUAGGUUAGCCAAGGGUUUUGCAAAUGUACCCUCAGUAGAGUAGAGAGAGGAAAAAGGGGGGAAGAGGUAUUUAUGACUGUCAUAAACCUACCCCCCAGGCCAACAUCAUGCCAUUUCAAAUGGUAUCAAGAAUAUGCAUAUCCUUGCUUCAGUGCCUGAGCUAUAGGCAGUUAGAUUUGGGUAUGUCAUUUUAGGUGAAAAUUCGCUUGAAAAACAAGAAAAAAGCAGCAAUAGUACUGUUUGUCCAUUUUUUGAGACGCUAUCGUCAGUAUAAACUUCUGUCACCUCUACUGGCGCUCGACGUCGCCAGUUUACUAACCACCGAUCCUGGCAACCCAUCCUUACACACACCAGGCAACCCUCAUUAUGCACACCUGCAUCUCAGUCACACCUGGUCUUCAUUACUCCCUUGAUUACUCACCCUUUUUAUAUAGUAAUCUUCUGUUAGUAGUCGUCAGGUAGUAUUGUUUAUGUUUCCAUGUCAGGUGCUUCUCUUGUUUUGUAUUGUUCAUUAUUAUUAAACUCACUAACUGCCCGUG